CAAGUACUCAGCCUGAGCCAUGAGAAAGAGCACACGGGGGCAGGUGAGGGGGAUGUCGGCAGUUUUCAUAUCCCACUGCACAGGAGGAGAGAGGGAGGAGAGCUUGCUUCCUUCCACAGUAGCGUUUUGAGUUGGGUUGUUCCAGGAGGCCUGCCCUGGGACAGGGUUUGUGAUCCUCGCUGGUUGUGGCUACCACAGCUGAGACCCUGGGGCUGUUGAAGGUCCAGGCCAGAGCUGAGCAUCCUUUGCUUACACAGGUGUGUCCCAGAAGAUUCUACCACAUUCUGGGAAUCUUGGCUGCUGCUGUUACUGGGACCCAAGGAGCGUGGGCUCCUCUUUUUUGCUUCAAAGCUCCAACUCUCUUUGUGCAGGAGGAAAAUGAAGGCCCGUGCCCCACCUCCUCCUGGAAAACCUGCUACUCCAAAUGUUCACGGUGAACGGAAACCCAACAGAGACUUGGCCCUCGUCCCUCAGCAGAACCUUAUCAACAUGAAAGAAAAUCUGUGGAACAGCCUGGUGGAUAUCACUGUGGUGCUCCCCAGUGGGCUGGAGAAGAAGAGUGUGGUGGAUGGGGGCCGUGCAAUGAUGGACCUACUGGUGGAACUUUGCCUGCAGAACCACCUGAAUCCAUCCCACCAUGCCCUGGAGAUCAGGUCUUCGGAAACCCAACAGCCUUUGAGUUUUAAGCCAAAUACUUUGGUUGGGACCCUGAAUGUGCACAGUGUGUUUCUGAAAGAAAAGGUUCCUGAAGAGAAGGUUAAUAAGCCUGGGCCACCAAAGAUGCCUGAGAAAUCUGUGCGUUUGGUAGUGAAUUACCUGCGAACGCAAAAAGCUGUCGUGCGUGUGAGUCCUGAGGUACCUCUCCAGAGCAUUCUCCCAGUCAUUUGUGCAAAAUGUGAAGUCAGCCCAGAGAACAUCGUUCUCCUUCGGGAUAACAUUGCCGGAGAGGAACUGGAGCUUUCCAAGUCCCUGAGUGAGUUGGGGAUAAAGGAACUCUACGCCUGGGACAAUAAAAGAGAAACUGUUAGAAAAUCAUCACUUGGCAAUGAUGAAACAGAUAAGGAGAAGAAAAAAUUUCUGGGAUUUUUCAAAGUAAACAAAAGAAGCAAUAGUAAGGCUGAGCAGCUCGGGUUGUCAGGCGUGGACACUGAUGAGGAUGUCUCAAAGUCAACGGCAGGAAGGGACCUGAAUGGCUGUUUAACGACGCCCAACUCGCCCUCGGUGUACUCACGCUCCAUUACGUUGGGUCCAUCCCUGUCGCUGAGCAACGUCUCAGGUAUAUCUGUGAAAUCGGAGAUGAAGAAACGCCGAGCCCCUCCUCCUCCUUCCCUGCCAAGUACGGGGGCACCUGUUCAAGACAAGGCAUCGGAAAAGAUAUCUCUGGGGUCCCAGAUUGAUUUACAGAGAAAGAAGAGGCGGGCGCCCGCCCCCCCUCCUCCACAGCCGCAGCCACAGCCACCGCCGCCGAGCCCCCUGGUACCCAGUCGCACAGAGGACACGGAGGAGAAGCGGAAAAGCACCAUGGGUGUUGGACGGCAGGUGCCACAAAAGCCUCCGAGAGGCUCUGCUCGGGGUCCGCCCCAGUUAGUGCUGCCCCCACCUCCACCCUACCCUCCUCCUGACACCGACAUGGAGGAGCCGUUCUGCUUCCCUGGGGAAGGCACUGCUCCUGAGGCCUCAGACCCGAGACCCAAACUGAGCCUGCCCCUGGGGCCCAAUAGUAAUUGCACUGCAGACGGAACCCCACUGGUGCUCUCAGAGGCAGAGGAGACUGUGUCCGUGGGCAGCUGUAUUGCAUCGGAAGACACCACGGAAGACUCCGGAGUGAUGAGCUCCCCUUCAGAUGUCAUCUCUCUGGAUUCACAGCACGACAGCAUGAAAUCCAAAGAUAAGUGGGCCACAGACCAGGAAGAUUGCAGUGAUCAGGAUCUAACUGGAACCCCGGAACUGGGACCCCAAACGAGUCCCUCUUGGUGGGAGUCUAAGGGCCCUGGGAACUGGCAGCCAAGAGCUGAAAAGUCUAUUACAGCAUCAAAUGAUGAUGAUAACCCAUUCAUUGCUGGACAGUUCCAGAAAACCCUUGCAGAACUUGACGAUUUGGAAGAAGUGGGAGAGAGUUAUGCAACAGACACCAGCUCUCCAACCAGCUCCAUAAAUGGUGUUUCCAACUGCCAUGCACAAGAUGUCAUAACAUCCAGCAGUGAUGCAGAUGUGAUCCCAGUAACAUUCAUAGGGGAAGUCUUGGAUGAUCCUGUUGAUGAGGGGUUGUUUUCCAAUAGAAACAACAAUGCAGGCUCCUUUGACACGGCAAGUGUUGCCAGCAGAAAAGCCCAACUGCCAUCUUUCCAGCAACUUGGAAGGAAGAGGGAGGAGAGCCCAACCUCACACACUCCUUCCCAUGACAUUGGGAAAGAAACCAAAUUGGCCUCGUCCACUACCUGUAAAGAUGGGAAUCCGGUGGAAACUGGGACCCAGGUGACUUGUACUUCAAAGCGUCACAAAGAUGACCUCAACACAAAGGAAAACAACAAGGGGCUUGUCACAGCCUGCAAUGAAGGUACACAGGCCAAGAGAGUGAAUUCCCAGCUCAUGAAUGAAAAGGAAAUCAAUGAGAAAAACGCUGUCCUGACAUCAGCAUCAUGGCACCAGGGAGGCCAUCACCCAGGGGGGAGUUACGGACUCAAAUACGGCCUCACGACGUAUAAAAUUGUUCCUCCAAAGUCAGAGAUGAGGUGUUAUGACAGAGGAGUAUCCCUUUCGAUGGGUGCCAUCAAGAUCGAUGAGCUGGGCAACCUGGUGAGUCCCCAUGUGAACGGGACCAGAACGAUAUCCCUGUCGUCAUCUGUUCUUGAAGCAGACACUCAACCCAUUGGAAAAGUAAAAGAAUUCUGGAGGUCCAACUCUGUGGAAAAACGUUCUGGUGCAACCACAGCUAAGAGGACCACCACUGCCAUCCUGGCUAAGCCACAACACCAAGAAAGCAGACUCAACGCAGAGCCCACGUCCACAGAUACCAAACAGACCCUGCCCCAGCCUCAGCCUGCCCACCGAGAAGAUGAGCGGCAUCUGGAAGAGGUGAAAAGCUGGCCCCCAGUGGCAAGCCCUGGCCAGGGGAAAGUGCCAGCAGCCAGCACUUUCCUCAAGCCUCAGAGAAGAACGUCCAGCCAGUAUGUGGCCUCUGCCAUUGCCAAGCGGAUCGGGCCCCCUAAAAGCCACACUGACUUGGGGACAAAGCAAAAUGCCAAGAGGAAUUACGAGGGCACUGCACCCAAGCUAACUGGACAGCCACUUCCUAGGAAAGAUGAUCUAACCGCUGACACAUACACGGAGACACAAGUACACACAGACUAUUUAAAACAGCCCUGCUCUAGCCUUCCCAGUGAUCAUGGGGAAGGGUCAGCAGUGAGAGCCCAUCCUGGUGUGGAAAUCAGGAGCCCAAAUGGAGAGUUGUCUACUCCAGAAUGUCCUGCCGGUGUCCAAAGAUGUUCCCAUGGCCCACUCAUCAGCUUUUCCCAGAGGGAUCAUGUUUCUGUGGGACAGAGCUGUGGUUUGGGUGGAAAGCAAACUACAAGUCACCAAAAGGCCAGCUCAGCCUCUGACCCCAAGUGCACGCCGGACAGUGUGCAUCCUCCCCCUUCUCGCUCAGCAGAUGAGCUGACCUUCAGCGGUGCCUUGGUGAAUGGCUCGAAAUGGCCUCCAGUCCUCAGCCAGCCUCCUCACUCCCUGAAAGCGUCCAUCACUAACAGCCGCAUCAUUCUAGAAAGGGAAGAAAAGCCCAGCACACUAUCUACAGGUGUACAGGACACUGAUGGUCCUUCGCCACCCAGCAUUUUCGGGCCAAAGAAAAAAUUCAGACCUGUCAUCCAGAAGCCGGCACCCAAAGACACAUCCCUGCACACUGCUCUGAUGGAAGCCAUCCACUUGGCGGGAGGGAAGGAAAAGCUCCGGAAGACCUCAGAACACAUCUCAGAGGGAGGCCCAAAGAAACCAUCCUACGUGGAGGCGGAGAGCGAGCGAUCGGCUCUGCUAGCCGCCAUCCGCGGGCACAGUGGAGCCUGCAGCCUGAAAAAGGUGACAUCCUCUGCCUCUGAGGAGCUUCAGAGCUUCAGAGAUGCCGAACUCCCUGCCCAUGGUUCGGCGACUCCUCAGCAAAGGGCCCACCACACCCCACACCCCAUAGCCACGCCGCCCCCACCGCCUCCUGCUCCGCAGGCACCCUCCACAUUGAGGACAGCCUCCAGGACCAGCACAGCCACCCUCAGCAGCCCUGGGGAUGCGAGGCAGGCCUUGCUGGAUGCCAUCCGCUCCGGCACAGGAGCUGCGAGAUUGAAAAAGGUGCCCUUGCUAGUGUGAAUUACUGAUUCAGCGGUCAGAAAAGGGCAAGACACAACUCUAAGAUGUCCAUCUUUGUCACUCAAGGACUCCGCGUGGCAGGCAACAUCAGGAUUUGGUGUUACUUUUGUGUCUACAGGCCAAAAUAUGUGUAGUUGAUUUUCAGCAUGUUCAUAUAUAAUGAUUCAAAAGGAGGGUGAACAGAAAAUGUUGCUUUGCUGCACGGCUUGUGUGCCAAGGAAAUGUAUUUUGCCUCUGAAUAUUUAAAGUUGCCAAUAAACUAUCCUUGUUGGCAGGUUAAUGGGAAUAUAAAUGCUAUAGCCCAGCACUAACAAUUAUAUUUAUGGGUAGAGUGCAAAGAAGCAUGCCUUAAACCAAUUUGGGACCUUAAAGACUUUCACCACAUCAAAGUGGUAAAAACCAUUUACUUCCUUAAAAUCUUUGAAUUCUGGAAAAAAUACAAAUGACUUGAAACAAUCAGAAUGUAAUAUGCUACAUGGCACUACAUGUUUUGGUUGUGAGGGAAAAAAAAAGAGUUGGGAGCCUUUUUCAAAGGUGAAAUUGUGCAAUGAAACCACUGGAUUCUUACUCCGCAGAGAGUCAGGGCUAACACCUCACAGAGGGUCAUCAACCGUGAUCUGACCCACUGAGUUUUAAAAAAUAAGUUAUUGUCGCCCAGAGUGUUAAUCAUAUGAAAUCAUGUGGAGAGAGCAUUUCUGAGUUCUCCAGACGUGGCAGGUGGCUGACUUCCAGAGCAACAUUUGAGUGGACGGUCGGGUGAAGAGGCCGCCAUUUUGACAGUGGUUCUACAAUGGGUUAUGAUGUACAGUGAGCCUCCAUGGAGUAAGGCUGUGUGCUGAGCCCAGCAACUUCCCUAGGAACCUUCUGGAAUCCCUCCCAGGGCCAAGGAGUGGGGAUGUUGGGUGUUUGUAUAUCACAGGGAUUGAAUCAAAAUUGUGCUCAAAAUAUAUCAUAAUUUGAGUUCGGUCUUGACCCUUUUCCCCAACAGAGCAGAGACUCCCUUGUAUUAUAGGCAAGACAGCUUGUAGCACCCAACAUUCAGUCACCAGUAUUUAUAAUAAUAAAGCUUAACUACAGUAGUAGUUUUUCCAUCUAUAUCUCUACAGCAUUGUGUUGUAUGGGGGGAAACAAAACCUUGUAAGAGAUUAAUAAAACUCAAAAGGAAUUCAUGAAAUAAAACCUCUGUCUUAAUGAAACAACAAGUAAGUUUAGAUCAGGUUCAUAUUUUACAGCUACUUCAAAUCCAGGUAUCAAGUUGAAUGGACACUUCGCUUUGCAUUGUCUGAUUAAAGUUGCUAAAGUUCCUUGGUGAAGAAAGAGCAUCCAGCCAAUUGGUCUUAACCACAACUGUCUCUACUAUUUGUCUUUUAGUGCCACAAAUAAAAGAAAAUCAAAUUGGA